GGACCCUCUGGAUUUUCCACCUUGUCCUUACAUCUGUAAAAAAAAAGAAGAAUGACACGUUGCAAGAAAGAAAAGGUUUUUUAAGAGUAGUCUUCAUGACUGCUGUGCAACAGGCAACUGGGCUGCAAACUCACUGAAGGCUCAUCGGCUUUGGAGGAACUGUUGCACAAAAUCCCGCUGCGAUGUCCCUGCUGUGUGUCCGAGUAAAGAAAGCAAAGCUACACGGUCCUCCAGACAAAUUCAACGCCUAUGUCACUUUAAAGGUGCAAAAUGUGAAGAGUACUACCAUCACAGUCCGAGGGGACCAGCCAUGUUGGGAGCAGGACUUCAUGUUUGAGAUCAAUCAUCUGGAGUCAGGUCUGGUGGUGGAGCUGUGGAAUAAAGGAUUGAUCUGGGACACAAUGAUCGGCACAGCACUGAUACGGCUGCACACCAUUCGACAGUCUGACGAGGAGGGACCAGGGAAAUGGGCAUCGCUUGACUCUGAAGUGUUAAUGCAGGAGGAUGAGAUCUGUGGAACUUCCAACCCAACUCCUCACCAAGUGCUGCUGGACACCCGAUUUGAGCUGCCCUUUGAUAUCCCAGAAGACGAAGCUCAGUACUGGACCAGUAAACUGGAUCGGAUCAAUACCAUGCGGAUACAUGACGAGUAUCCACUGCAGGACGAGGUCCAGAGAACACGAAUGGCUUCUGUUCCCUCUCAGUGCUGCAAUUGGAGUUAUUUCGGAUGGAAUGAACAGCAGACUUUGGAUGACCAUGACAGUGCAGUGGAUGACCGCGACAGUGACUACCGCAGUGAAACUGGCAACAGACCUCCACGGUUCCACAACACCUCCCAGACAAAUUCAUCAGUGCACCAGUACCCUAUAGGACGCAGGGUCCCACAUCACACCCUUUCCAGGGAGUCAGACUCUAUUCCAAGCUAUGAGCUAGACUAUAGAGAAAUGAGGCAGCCCAGGCGAUCAAACAGUAAGGGUGUUGUAAGAAUAAUCCCUGUGGACUCAGGUAUGGGUGUGGAGGACUGGGAGAAUAAAUAUAAAGUGCCUGAUUCAGGUGUCUUGGAUGAUUACUUGGACGAUGAGCAGAAAAUAUGGGAGGAAGAAGAUAAAAGCAUCAUCUAUCGGAUCAGUGACAAUGCUAGUGAGUCUAAAGGUAGCAGGUUCUAUCAGACAGUGGAAUGUGACGCAUUAUCCCCUGAUGGUACGGAGGAGGUGAACGGCAGGCCAAACAGGCAGAGGCAUGGCUUUGGUAGUGGAGAAGUUCGGUUAGUUUAUAAGGAAGCUGGCAGCUUUGAGGAUGAAUCUUCCCCUCCGGAAAUUGAUAUAAUUCCCUCUGUCAAACAGCAACGACAACAAACAGUCAGAGAAGGCCUACUAUACAAAACAAGACUGUGGGCAAAAACUGCCCUAGAGGACACACUUGAGAGCUAUGCGGCUUUUCGUGAGGAGGAGGCUGCUCGGGAAGACGCUGCUAGGAUCAGGGGAAAUGGUGAAUAUGGGUCAGUUGGUUCAGAUGAGCUGCAGUAUUCAUUUGGAUCUGAUGAGGAACUAGAUGACCUGACAUUCACUCAAGGGGAUUUUAGUUAUGACUAUGAAAGUUACUGCUACCCUAGCAUGUCUAUGUCACAUCUUGGAGGACAAGGCUAUUCAAGCGAUAAAGCGAUUCAAGAGAGAAUAGGUGGUGGAGAAGAUCCUAUGUUGUCUCCUGUAGAGGAGCCAGGUGAGGAAUAUGUAGAUGCAAUGGAUGAACUUCAAAGCUUAGUUCACUCAGUUUCUGAAUACCUGGCGGUUAAAGAAGAGGAAAUCAAGAGCUUUGAAUCACUGCCCAAACCAAUAAGAAGAAAACUCCCAGCACUGCCAACCACUGAAGUUGUGCAACCGGUAGACAGUAACAGCAGUGUGCAACCGGUAGAGAGUAACAGCAGUGUGCAACCGGUAGAGAGUAGCAGCAGUGUGCAACCGGUAGAGAGUAACAGCAGUGUGCAACCGGUAGAGAGCAACAGCAGUGUGCAAACCGGUAGAGAGUAA